AUGGCCAAAAAAGUACAAGAGACUAAGGAGAAAAAAGCUCUAAAAGCCGCUUCUACGUCAAAAAAAGAAAAGAAAAAAUGGACUGAGAUAAAAAAGAAAGAUGAAGCUAGAAAAAUUUUUACUGUCUCUGACGAGCUGUUACAAAAAGUAGAAAAAGAGGUUAAAAAAGCUAAGAUUGUUACUGUGUUUUCUUUAGGUAGUAAAAUGAACUUAACAUUAAGCGUUGCUAAGAAUUUAUUGAGACAUUGUGUUAAUAACGGUAUUAUAUCCUUAAUUCAUAAAAGUUCAAAAACAACGAUUUAUGGUCAGCCUUUAGAAGUUGAACAGAUUCCUGUUCAACAAGAAGUGUCAGUUGCUGAGGGUGAUGGAUGGAAUUGA